AUGUGUUGCAACUACUACGGCAACUCCUGUGGCUAUGGCUGUGGCUAUGGCAGCGGAUACGGCUCUGGCUAUGGUUGUGGCUCUGGCUGUGGCUAUGGUUCAAGUUAUGGCUGUGGUUAUGGAAGUGGCUAUGGUUGUGGCUAUGGCAGCGGAUAUGGCUCUGGCUAUGGUUGUGGCUAUGGCUCUAGCUGUGGCUGUGGAUAUGGCUCUGGCUCUGGCUAUGGCUCUAGCUGUGGUUGUGGAUAUGGCUCUGGCUAUGGCUCUGGCUAUGGCUCCGGCUAUGGCUGUGGCUAUGGUUCCCGUUAUGGCUGUGGUUAUGGCUCCUCUUGUUGCUACCGGCCACUCUGCUACAGAAGGUGUUAUUCUUCUUGCUGCUAA